AUAUCUUUUUUAUACUUGUUGUUUUUACUUUGCUGUUCCUUUGACUGCGAAUUAAUCCCCAAUAAUUUUUUGUGAUAUCACAAUGCCCAGCACCCUGAGCGCAUCCGAAAGUCUCCAGGCUCCAAUCGCCGGAGUAAAACCGCAUUUGCAACCAUGGGAGGUGAUUGCGUGGUCUCCAGAACGCCUGGGCAGCAUAUAUUCGGACUGGGCCCAAUUCUUCGGCAAACAGCGGUACGCGAAUGGACUUCGCUACUUCAACAAUGCCCUGGACCUGAAUCCAUUCAACGCCAGAGCUCUGAUGCGCCGGAGUCAGUUGAAAAGAUCCAUGGGUCUGGCACCGGAGGCUCUGAAGGAUUGCUCUCAAGCAGAAGAUUUGCUGAUGAGCCUAAAGCCACCAGUCACGAAUCCCAAUGUCAGUUUGGAGGUUUGCGACGCUCUCUAUGAAUGCAACCGACUGGAGAAUUCCAAAAUAAACCUGCAUUCCCAUCUGAGGCGAUUUAGCUCCGCUCAGACAGUGCCCGUUGUCGAACGCCUGGAUGUGCUAAGCGAAAACUUCCGGGACACAUUAUCAGAAGAUACCACCAUGUCGGUUCAACGUCUAAUCAAUCGCAUGAUGGGCAGUCUAGCUAAGCAGCCCAAGGAUUUAAAGGAUAAUUGCGAUGUGGUUAGCAUAUUGGGAAAAGAGGAAGUACAUCUGUCGCCGCUGGAAACAGCGAGACGGAAGAGGCACUUUAAGAUUUAUAACCAGUCGUACCUGAACAAGUGCUGGGUGGAUGUGGCCUUCCUCAAGAGACUACGCGAUGAUCCCAAUGUGCAGCCCAAACAUUGUCAGAAGUCAUCCGAGUAUUUGGGCAAACUGAUGGCAAGCAAUUACAAAGCGGAGCGCACUCUAACGAAAAUGCUGCAGACCCGAUGUCCCAUGUACGCCCUGCAUAGUCAGAAAUACCCCAACGAGGGGUUCUACAAUAAGCAGAGGGAGGAGAAUCUAUAUCGCAUUCAGUACCAGACGAGACGAAAUAUGUUUAAGAUUCUGCGCAGUAUUCGACUGCUGAUAAGAGUUGGGGAAGUAAAUAAACUGUCAGCAUUUAUUGAGGAGGUCAUGGGCGAUUAUGUCACCAUCAAGACUCAUCGCGUAAUGCCGUGGAAGUUUGAAUUCACUAAUGAGGUUUACAACUAUUUGGCUCUAGCCCGCAUUAAUGAAUACAAAAUCCCCAGCAAUAUGACCGUCUUGCAGGGUAGACAACGCCUUUUGACACUUUUUAGACUGCCCCUCAAUAAUAGUCAGGAGAUAAAGAAAUCAAAGCUUAAGCGACCGAGUACUCUGAAUAUAACCAGAUCGGCUACCACAGAUCCCAAGGCGGAGAAAUUUAAGAAACAAGUUACCCGUCUGGAGAAUCGGAUGCGGUUUGCUGAGUAUCACAUAGAACGCGCCUAUCUUUUGCAUGAACUGGCUCAAGAGCACCUGGAUUUUAAUUCAUUUGACGUGGCCUGCUCCAUGGCCCGAAAGUCCCUGGAGGAGGCCAUCAAAUGCAAGAGUAUUAUUUGGAGCUUCUUGAGUCUGAUCGUUAUAUGCAAGGCUCACGCUAUUCUAGGAAAGAUCGAGCAAGAAAAGGAAAUCCUCGCUGAGACUUUCGCGCUGGCGAAGAAAAUGAAGAACCUUGACUUGUGCCUGUUCAUAGACAUCUGCAUGAAGGUCAAUGCGGAGGAGAUGGAAAUGAAGAGAAUGACCAUGACGUCAGACCUGAUCUCAAAGAAGAAGAGCCUAGGCUCUAGAAUGUUCCAAAGUAACGAUCAAGUCAAUGAGGAUCGUAACCAAAUUACUUAGGAAAUAUCAAAAAACAAAAGUGGGAUAUUUACAAUGUUCCUUAAAAUAAAAAAACAUUUUAUCUCAAC